GCGUUGUCUUUGCCGGCUGAAGGGAGACGUGCGCAGUUAGUGCCGUUUGGCGCAGCAGAAAAAUAAGGCGGCCUUCUUUCAUGUAACGACAACGGCUCGUGCACAGACCAGUUUCCUCUAAUUUGAAGACUUAUCAGUGUUGGUUUUUAUUUUGGUGAAAUAUUGUUCGAUUCAAAACGGAAACAUGAGUUCGAUAAAUGUAAAAAAGCUGAAGGUAAACGAGUUGAAAGACGAACUCAAAAAGCGUCAGCUUUCAGACAAGGGACUGAAGGCCGAGCUAAUGGACCGGCUACAGGCCGCGUUGGAUGAGGAGGCCCUGGCUCAAGACGAUUCCGUAGGACAGGCUGCUGAAGAAAACGGGGCAGAUGGUGGGGACGGUGAGGCGAGUUUGCAAGAUGAAAUGAAUGAGGAAGAAGACCAUGUCAUCUGUGAGGGCAUGGAGGCCGAAGACGAGCAAGGCGAUGAUGGCGGUGAGGCGGACGAAGGUGUUGAGGCGGACGUAACAACGGCGGCUGAAAAUGAAGACGUGGGCGACCAAGAAGAUUUUGACAUGGGUGGUGCAGAGGAGGAGGACGACGACGUACUCGGAGAAGAAGACGAUGCGAUACUGAAAGAGGACGACGAUGAGGUGGAUAAAAUCGACGAGGAAGAUGGUGAGCCGGAAUCUCAGCCAGCAGAGGGGGAUGCGGACAAAGACACCAAUGCUGAUCAGAAGAAUAAGAAGGGUGUUAAGAGACGCCGAGAGGAACAUGGAAGGGGCUACUUUGAAUUUAUUGAAGAAAGCAAAUACAGCCGUGCAAAGUCCCCUCUGCCCCCAUUGGAGGAAGAGGAUGAAGAGUUUGACGACACUCUGGUCUGUCUGGAUACACACAACUGUGACCUGCACUUCAAGGUGUCCCGCGACCGUUACAGUGCCUCCUCCCUCACCAUGGAGAGCUUUGCCUACCUGUGGGCAGGUGGCAGGGCUUCCUAUGGUGUGGCCAAGGGCAAGGCUGGCUUUGAGAUGAAGGUCAUUGAGAAGAUUCCAGUGAAGCACAUCUCCAGCAAGAACCUUGACAUCCAUGAGGUGCAGGUGGGAUGGUCCCUGGCUAAUGGCAGCCUUUUGUUGGGUGAGGAAGAGCACUCUUUCGCUUAUUCUGGGAAGGGCAAGAAAACCACCAACUGCGAGACUGAGGACUAUGGCGAAGCCUUGGAUGAGAAUGAUGUUGUCGGCUGCUUCAUCAACUUUGAUGGUGAUGAGGUGGAGCUGUCCUUCGCUAAGAAUGGUAAAGACCUGGGUGUGGCCUUCAAGGUCAGCAAAGAAGCUCUGGGAGACCAGGCCCUUUUCCCACACGUCAUGUGCCACAACUGUGCGGUGGAGUUCAACUUCGGCCAGCUGGAGACUCCCUACUUCCCCCAGCCCGACUGUUUCCCCCUCCUGCAGCAGGUGGCUCUCGGGGACCGCGUCCGCGCACCCAAGGGGCCGGCCACCAAGAGCGAAUGCGAGGUGAUCAUGAUGGUGGGCCUCCCUGGAUCAGGCAAGACUGUGUGGGUAAAGAAACACAUGGAGGAAAACCCCGGCAAAUACAACCUACUGGGCACCAACACCAUCUUGGAGAAGAUGAUGAUUGGUAGUCUGAAGCGCCAGAAUAAGGAUGUCACAAAGCUCACAGCCAUCUCCCAGCGUGCCCCUCUCUUCCUGGGCAAGUUCAUUGAGAUUGCCGCCCGCAAGAAGAGGAACUACAUCUUGGACCAGACCAACGUCUCUGCCCCUGCCCAGAGGAGGAAGAUGUGCCUGUUCGCCGGCUACCAGCGCAAGGCAGUCGUGGUGUGCCCCACUGACGAGACCUACAAGGAGAGGACACAGAAGAAGGCAGAGACGGACGGCAAAGACGUGCCCGAACACGCCGUGCUCAAGAUGAAGGGCCUCUACGCCUUGCCCGAGGUGGGCGACUGCUUCACUGAGGUGACCUACGUGGAGCUGGAGAAGGAGGAGGCCACCAAGGUGCUGGAGCAGUACAAGGAGGAGAGCAAGACUGCGCUGCCCCCAGAGAAGAAGCCCAACCAGGGGGCCACGACCCCUAAGAAGGGCGGCCAGCCGCGCAACCGCUCGGGGAAGAACCGCGGUGGUGGUGGAGGCGGCGGCGGAGGAGCCGGAGGCCAGCGUGGCGGUGGUGGAGGCCGCGGUGGAUUCCAGAACCGAGGCAACUUCAGAGGAAUGCCUGGACCUCGUGGUGGCUUCAACCGUCCACCCAGAGGCUUCCUGCCUCCAGCAGCCUUCCGAGGGGGCUUCAAUAACCGCGGCAACUUCAACCGGAGCGGCGGUGGUGGUGGCGGCAUGCCCCACCGUGGUGGUGGUGGUGGCGGAGGAGGAGGAGGUGGUCGCCAGGGAGGACCCAUCAGGAACAACAUGGGCGGUAUGGGAGGCAGCCGGGGCAGACCCAUGCAUCAUGGUGGUGGCGGCCCAAUGCACCGAGGCGGAGGUGGUGGCGGCGGCAUGAACCGCGGGGGAGGCGGUGGACCCAACAGAGGAGGAAACUACAACCAGUUCCGGGGAAGAGGCGGCAACCAGCAUCGUGGCAACAAGAACGGCAACUUUGGCAUGAACAAAGCCCAGGCCUUCAACCAGAGCUGGCAGCAAGGGUUCUGGAAUCAGAAGCCAUGGAGCCAGCAGUACCACCCUGGAUAUUACUGAGAGCUUUCUCUCAGAGACUGGUUGCUUUAGUGGAAGCCUGCUCACCCACCCUGAUCCAUGGAGAUCCCCCCCCCCUCCUCCUUGGUCUCCACAUCUCCGUUUAUUCCUUUGCUUUUUUCCUUUCGUUUUAUAAGUCUGCUUUUAAAUUCUGUAAAAACCCAUAAAUGGAGGAGGGGAAACGCAUUCCACAACUGUCAGGAGGAGAGCCUGGUUCUCUCUCUCUCUCUCUCUCUCUCUCUCUCUCUCUCUCUCUCUCUCUCUCCUCUCUCUCUCUCUCUCUCUCUCUCUCUCUCUCCCUCCAGAGCAGAAUGGUUUCACCUUCUUUCUGUUUUAUUUUUGUACAUUUUAUUGGAAUUAUUUUUUUUUUUUUUUUUUUUUUUUUUAGAAAACCCCACCCCUUUUAUCCAGCAAAACAAAGCCCCACAGCGUCCAGUGUUUGUGUGGGGGGGGCGGGGGUGGGUAAUGCUUUGCAAGAAUUUCAGGGUUGUGCAUUUUAUGCUGUACUGUCAUUUUUAUGAAAUGUAAAUUAUUUUUCCCUUUUCAUAGUUAUCAGUAUUGUACGUAAACCCCUUAUUUUUUGAAACACUUAAAAAUCUCCCCUGAAUUUAAACCUCCCAUUUUUAAGUGCAUGUUGCUGUUGUGGUUAAAUUUAAUUGGUAGUAUUUCAGCAGCUCAGUUUGCCCGUGUUGUAACAGAUGAAGGUGUGCCCUGCAGAAGUAGAUUGCUCCUUUUUGUGUGCGACUGUUUUUUGAAAUAUUUGUUUAAAAAAAAACAAUAAUAAUGUCAAGCCUGUUCUAGUUAAACUUUAUAGGUUUACAAAUAAACGGGUUACUUGCUUUUUUACAAACUUGAA